CAAAAUGGGAAACCUGAGCUCUCUUCUCUCUCCUUUCGCCGGAAAUCUUCUCCAAGCUUCCACGGCGAUUUCUUCCUCCUCCGGCCACCUUUGGACGUGAAAUUCUUGGGUUAGCUUCGCCUUGACCUUGCGCACCUCCCCGUGGGCACCUUGCAGCCUAUCUAGGCUUGUAGCCGCCACUGCAACAAAAUCCCGAUCCAAACCCAGUUUUUGGGUCAACGCACUGCAAUAUAGAUGACCUUCUCUGUGUCCAGAUAAAGAAUGUUUCUCUAGCACAUGCACCCAAUAUUGUGGUGUAUGUAGAUGCUAUAACGAUUGUCUCUCAGGAGGCUUCAAAAGGUGGACAGUCUGUAUCGUUACCAAUUGUAUGUAUGGAAGCAGGAAGCGACCAUAGUUUACCAAAUUUAGCACUCAGGAGAGGUGAAGAGCAUUCUUUUAUUCUUAAACCAGCAACAACCCUGUGGAAGAAUUUCAAGACUGGUGGUGAUAGAAGCACUCAACAAUCACUAGCACAGGCUGGAAAGGCUGGAAAUGCAGCAUCAAGUUCACGUCUAGCAUUGAAGACCGCUGAAGGAAAAAGGGUUGCUUCAACUGCUGGCGAGUAUGCAAUUAUGGUAUCCUGUCGGUGCAACUACACGGAGUCAAGAUUGUUUUUUAAACAGUUAACAAGUUGGCGACCGCGUAUUUCAAGGGAUCUUAUGAUAUCUAUUGCGUCUGAAAUGUCUGGACAAUCUAGUGCACCAAAUGCUGGAGUCUCCCAACUUCCUGUUCAGGUUUCAUAUACUGAUAGCUUGUAUCAUAUGUGUCUUAACUCUUUAGGCUUCAAACUUAACAACUAAAGAUCUAUCUCUGACAGUUCUUGCACCGGCUUCAUUUACUUCGCCACUGUCAGUUGUAUCCUUGAAUGCUUCACCUUCUUCUCCAAUGAGUCCAUUUGUUGGUUUUCCUGGGUUUACCGGAAGAACAACUGCUGAGAGACAUAACUUUACAAUGCAGAGGCUGAACUCAGCACCCUCUAUAUUGACAAAUCAGAACAAGCUUCUCUAGUAUCUGAUGUUGUUCCUACUGCUGGUUUAGGUUGUACACAUUUGUUGCUUCAGAGUAGAGUUCCACUAGGGUAAUACUUCAACCCCCCUGUCUCAUUUUUUUUUUUUUUUUAUGUUCAUGGUUAUUCCAAUUAUUAUAAUCUUCUAUGGACAUGUUAGAUGUGUUCCCUCCCAAUCUAUGACCACCAUCAAGCUUGAGCUACUUCCAUUGAUCGAUGGCCUAAUUACGCUGGACACUCUUCAGAUUGAUGUCAAGGAAAAAGGUAGUUAUCCCCCUGUUUCUACUGCAGAUUGUCUAGACAUGGAUCCGGUUCUAUCCUCUAUGUUUAUGUAGGUACAAGUUUUGGUGUGUUGGCAUUCCAUACAAAACA